CGCCAAGCACUAGCCGGCUUGUCCGCGCAGGCGCAGUGCUCCGACUCACCAUGCCGACGGUCAGCGUGAAGCGCGAUCUGCUCUUCCGAGCCCUGGGCCGGACUUACACUGAUGAAGAAUUUGAUGAACUAUGUUUUGAAUUUGGCCUGGAACUUGAUGAAAUUACUUCUGAGAAGGAGAUAAUAAGUAAGGAACAAGGUAACAUAAAGGCAGAGGGGGCUUCAAAUGUUGUUCUUUACAAAAUUGAUGUUCCUGCCAAUAGAUAUGACCUCCUGUGUCUAGAAGGAUUGGUUCGAGGACUUCAAGUCUUCAAAGAAAGGAUAAAAGCUCCAGUAUACACACGGGUAACGCCCAGAGGAGAAAUUCAUAAGUUGAUUGUCACAGAAGAGACAGCUAAAGUACGGCCUUUUGCAGUAGCAGCAGUUCUCCGGAAUAUAAAGUUUACUAAGGAUCGAUAUGACAGCUUCAUUGAGCUUCAGGAGAAAUUACACCAGAACAUCUGCAGGAAAAGGGCAUUGGUCGCUAUUGGUGCCCAUGAUUUGGAUUCUGUGUCAGGCCCAUUUACUUACACUGCAAAGCGUCCUUCUGACAUCAAAUUCAAACCUCUGAACAAGACCAAGGAGUAUACCGCCUGUGAACUGAUGAACAUAUACAAGUCUGACAACCACCUUAAACAUUAUUUGCACAUCAUUGAAAAUAAACCCCUGUAUCCAGUUAUCUGUGAUAGCAAUGGUGUCGUCCUUUCAAUGCCUCCAAUCAUCAAUGGGAAUCAUUCCAAAAUUACAGUAAACACAAAAAAUGUAUUUAUUGAAUGCACAGGAACUGACUUUACUAAGGCAAAAAUAGUCCUUGAUAUUAUUGUCACCAUGUUCAGUGAAUAUUGUGAAAAUCAAUUUACCGUCGAAGCGGCUGAGGUGGUUUUUCCUAAUGGAAAGUCCCAUACCUUUCCGGAGCUGGCUUACCGGAAGGAGAUGGUGAGAGUUGAUCUCAUUAACAAGAAGGUUGGGAUCAGAGAGACUCCAGAAAAUAUUGCCAAGCUUCUGACCAGGAUGUAUUUAAAGUCAGAAGUCAUAGGUGAUGGGAAUCAGAUUGAAGUGGAGAUCCCUCCGACCAGAGCUGACGUCAUCCACGCAUGUGACAUCGUGGAAGAUGCAGCGAUUGCUUAUGGGUAUAACAACAUUCAGAUGACUCUCCCGAAGACAUACACCAUAGCUAGUCAAUUUCCUCUUAAUAAGCUCACGGAGCUCCUCAGAUAUGACCUGGCAGCUGCGGGAUUCACAGAAGCGCUCACCUUCGCUCUGUGCUCUAAAGAAGAUAUUGCUGAUAAACUUGGCUUGGCUAUUUCUGCAACAAAUGCAGUUCAUAUAAGCAACCCGAAAACAGCAGAAUUUCAGGUGGCACGCACUACCCUUCUUCCUGGCCUCCUCAAGACCAUAGCUGCAAAUCGGAAGAUGCCCCUUCCUUUGAAACUGUUUGAAAUCUCUGACAUUGUAAUAAAGGAUUCCAGCAAAGAUGUAGGUGCGAGAAACUGCAGACAUCUCUGUGCCGUUCAUUACAACAAGAAUCCUGGGUUUGAGAUAAUCCACGGACUGCUGGACAGAAUUAUGCAGCUGCUUGAUGUGCCUCCUGGCGAAGACCAGGGCGGCUACGUGAUCAGGGCGGCAGAUGGCCCUCCUUUCUUCCCUGGGCGGUGUGCUGAGAUCUUUGCCAGGGGCCAGAGUGUUGGCAAGCUUGGAGUCCUUCAUCCUGAUGUCAUCACCAAAUUCGAGCUGACCAUGCCGUGCUCAGCCCUGGAAAUCAAUGUCGAGCCCUUUUUGUGAAGAUGGGUCUCUGCUGCAUAAUUGCCUCCCGAGUGCUCUGGCUUCUCCCCCAAGACUCCUUAGCCUCGCUCCGCAGGGAGCAUCAAUUUGUGCUUUAAUGUUUAAUAAAGAGAAAAGCACCGCCUGGC